AGUGUUUUUGUCAGCGAGGCAGCGCCAUAUUGGAAGAAGCCGUUUCUGUCCUAAAACGGCCAAAGCGCGAACUUUGCCACCAUGCUGUACCUAGAAGAUUACCUUGAGAGUGAGUACCGGACCGGGGCGUCGCGGCGGUACCGACUUCGGCCCGUUAUGUGUGCACAUGAUCGAGCAGCUUCCCAUGGACCUCCGCGAUAGGUUCACGGAAAUGCGGGAGAUGGACCUGCAGGUGCAGAACGCCACAGACCAGCUGGAGCAGAGGGUCAUUGAUUUCUUCAUCAAUGCAAAGAAGAACAAACCUGAGUGGAGAGAGGAGCAAAUGGAGGUUAUCAAGAAGGAUUAUUACAAGGCCCUGGAGGACGCAGAUGAGAAAGUACAGCUGGCCAAUCAGAUUUAUGAUCUGGUGGACCGGCACCUGCGGAAACUGGACCAGGAGCUGGCCAAGUUCAAAAUGGAGCUGGAGGCAGACAAUGCCGGCAUCACAGAGAUCCUGGAGAGACGGUCACUGGAGAUGGACAGUCCCUCCCAGCCGGUCAACAACCAUCACAUGCACUCGCACAUAACAGCCGAGAAGAGGAAGUGCAGCGCCCCCGCCCACCACACGGUGGAGCACAUUCCUGAGAAGAAGUUCAAGUCUGAGGCUCUGCUGUCUACACUCACCUCGGAUCCGUCCAAGGAGAACACGCCAGGUUGCCGCACCAACAGCAUGUCUGCAUCCACCAACAGCGCCUACAGCCUCAACUCCUCUCAGCCCCUGGCUUCCUACAACCUGAGCGCUCUGCCCGCAGGACCCGGGGCCGGCGCCGGCGCCAUCACCUUGGCGGCGGCGCAGGCCGUACAGGCCACAGCCCAGAUGAAGGAAGGCCGCCGGACCUCCAGCCUCAAAGCCAGCUACGAGGCCAUCAAGAACAACGACUUCCAGCUGGGCCGAGAGUUCUCCGUGUCCCGGGACGGCUCCUACUCCUCCUCCGCCCUGGCCUCCACCCUCACCCAGACGCUCACUCCCAGCACCACCUCUGACUCCAGAGGUCGGAAGUCAAAGAGCAACAUCAAGUCUUCCAGUCACCAGUCCUCCUCUUCCUCCUCCUCCUCCCUGUCCUCCUGCUCCUCCUCCUCGGCACUGGCUCAGGAGCUCUCUCAGCAGGCGUCGGCGCUGCCGGAAGCUGAGGCUAACAGCCAAGUGGACUGGACCUACGACCCCAACGAGCCCCGGUACUGCAUCUGCAACCAGGUGUCUUAUGGGGAGAUGGUUGGCUGUGACAACACAGAUUGUCCCAUCGAGUGGUUCCACUAUGGCUGUGUGGGCCUGACCGAGGCGCCCAAAGGGAAGUGGUACUGUCCACAGUGCACGGCCGCCAUGAAGAGGAGGGGCAGCCGCCACAAAUAGACACAGGAGAUUAGCGGACUGCAGCAGAACCGGUCCUGAGGUUCUAUCAGAGCUUGAAGCAGAUGAUCUAUUUGAUCUGAACUGUUCUUGCUUUCAUCAAGCCGUCUGACCUUUGUGUGGAGGUCAGGGACGAGAGAACCCAUCCGGUCCUCAGCUGUUCAGGUUCCGUUCUGGAAGCUGGUUCUCCAGAUCUGCUCUGGUGUACAAAUCAAACAAAAAUGACCCGACUGGGUUUCCUCCACACUGCAGGAAACAGACAGGUUUCCCAUCAUGCUGCGUUCCUCUGCCGAAUCGACAUGGCAGGGGGGUGGAGCCUCAGCUGGGUGGGGGUGUGGCGCUGCAGUUUGUGCUCCUCCUGCACAGGUGGAGGAUGUAAAUGUGCACAUGUGAGUUAGCGUGUUUGCAGUCGGUCCAAUAAAGAGGAAGUUUGAAACGGUCA